UUCAGAUCUAGCCCUGGUUCUGAGAUUAUUUUUCACUGUAUAAGGAAGCCCCAGAGCCGACAAAGGCUCCUGUUGCUUUCUUAUCGGCUCACUCCUUCUUCUUCGGGAAUGCUACUGUGCUUAUGUGUCUGGUCUCUGGGAGCUGUGGUAGAUGGGCAUUGAUGACAGCUGUAGAGCCAUGGGACUGAGACUUGCUCUCCUUGUAAUAGCAGCCUUCCUGCUCUGUGAUACUGCCUCCGUGAAGAUCCAGGCUUAUUUCAAUGAGACGGCAGAACUACCAUGCCAAUUUGUAAACUCAAAAAACCUAAAUCUUACUGAGCUGGUAGUAUUUUGGCAGAACCAGGAAAGAAUGGUUCUGUAUGAGGAAUAUAAAGGGAAAUACAAACCUGAAUAUGUGAAUGUCAAUUAUAUCGGCCGGACAAGCUUUGAUCAGGACAACUGGAUCCUGAGACUUCAUGGAAUUCAGAUCAAGGACCAGGGUUUGUACCAAUGUUUCAUUCAUCACAUGAAGAAUCCCGGAGGAAUGGUCCGUGUCCACCAGAACAAUUGUGAGCUGUCAGUGCUUGCUAACUUCAGCAAACCUGAAAUAGUGCUGAUUUCAAACAUAACAAGAUAUUCUACCAUAAAUGUGACCUGCUCAUCCAAGCAAGGCUAUCCAAAACCUCUAAAUAUGUUUUUCCAGCUAGUAACUGAGAAUUCAACUAGUGACCAUCAUGGUAACAUGAUGGUAUCUAAAGAUAAUGUCACAGAACUGUACAACCUUUCCCUCAGUUUAUCUGUCCCCUUUCCUGCUGGUGAAGUCAAUGUGACCAUCUUCUGUAUCCUGAAAACUGAGUCAAGGGAACUUUCCUCCUCACUACUUUUAUACAGAGAUCCCAUGGACCCCUUGCCCGACACACACCAAGUUACCUGGAUAGCCAUCGCAAUUAUCUGCAGCAUAACCCUUGGAUGUGGGAUAGGGGUCUAUCUAAAACGAUGCAGGAACAAGAAACAGCAGCAGUUUGUCAUCGCCUACAAAGAAACCACCAAACCAGAGGGGGAAGACAAUGAAGAGAAGGGGGAAAGAGAAAAAAUCCAUAUACAGGAAAGCAAGGAUGAAGAAACUCUGUGUGAUAUUCAUAGUGCAAAAAUACCUUCAAAUGACCAAAGUGCUACACAUUUGUAAUUAAAUGUCAGAAUUUAUAUGUGUCCAUUUUUUAUACCCUUUCCCUUGCAAGUUUUUGGAACCUAUUUUAAAAAAAAUUCUUCCAGAAGGCAAGAGAAUAUAACCAUUAGUAACAGUGGGACUCUGGAAUUUCCUCUAGGUGAAAUAGCUCCUCACCCCAUUAUGCCAGUUCUGUUCUCUAUGUCAAGAGCAGAUGUUAAUUCUCCAACUGCUUCUUUUAAUUCAGAGCACACUUAUGGGCCAAGUUCACUGGAAGGGUUAGUUGCCCAAGAAUAAUAUUUAGAACCAAUCCUAAAUAGGAAACCUGAUCAGACUCUUUUCUUAAUUUUACAAAAUGUUUUUUUCAAUAGGACUCCUAGUUCUUGGAAUAUUGGCUUUUAUUAUCCCUGAAUUUGAAGGUAUUGACUCAUCUUAUAUACCCAAGACUGAACAACUACCUCUUCUAUCAUGGAAGUGAUAUAUUUUAUGACUUUAUAGUGCUUACUUUAAAAUAUAAAGAAAUGUAUACUAUAAUAGUGUAAAUACUGUAUUCUAGAGAAAAGCUAACACCCUGUAAGGAACAUGUCUCUCUGUCAGAAUCAGAAAAGAAUAUCAUGACACAUUAGAGUGCAGGAAAACAGAACGCAGAAGAAACUCCAUUCUGAGAGACCAGGAUUGACCAAAGGAACUAGCCCUGGAUCCUGGAGCCAUUUCUAUCUGAGUUGUUGCUAAGACUGAGAGGAUCCACCCAUCCAAAUAGUGUUUAGUAAGCCUGGUGGAGAGGAAAGUAUUAUUUCUCCUGAAUGCUAAUUCUCUUCUUGAAACAAAAAGUAACUAAAAAGAUGGUCUGAGAAAGAUGUUCAAGAACUAAGAUAGAGAUCACUAUAUUCAAAAGAGAAAAAGAAAUGAAAGGGCUUUUACCAACAGGUGUAUAAGGACUGAUUUGUCUGCUCAGUCCUUCAACAAAUCUCAGGAGAAGCCAGAUAGAUGUUUUACCCAAAUAGACUUAGAUAGACAACACUUAGAAAAGUGGUUGGUGAGGAAUUUUGGUGAUACCUAAGUUACUGUGAUGUUCAUCUGGCUAACAGCAGAGUGGGUAAAAUGAGAUGGCAUCAUCUUGGCCAUGGGAGGAAAAGAAGCCUUAGGAUUCAUUCAGCUCCUAGUUGAAGGAAGAGGGGAAUUAGGAAGAGCAGGAUACACAUCACCCAGGGCCUGAAGAUGUUUUAGGAAAUAUGAUAUGGUCCAGGAUGGACUUCACAAACUGCAGGAUGUUGAUGUGCAAGGUAAUUAAUUAUAGGAAAACUGGCACAAGAGAGGAGUAGCCUGAUAGAGAUGAAUUAGGAAACCUGGCAGCAUGAUUAAGGGAUGAAGCAGCCUCAGUUCAACCCUAAAGAGAACGUUGGGAGGCCUGAGAAAUAAAAAUUAUUCAUUAUAUUUUACAUAAAGUGCCCUAGAGGGUUGUAGAUUUUUGUGAUAGUCACACUUAUUUUUUAAAAUAAUAUUAUCACCUGUGCUCCCUGCCCCUACCUGCCUUUAGACUCUUGACACCUGGCUGGUACUAACAUGUUUUAUUCUCUGGUGGUGCUGGUUACUGAAUCCAGGUUUUGUGUAUUCUAGGCAACUGCUUAUCAUUGAGUUACAUCUGAAGUUCUACCAUGUUUUUGUACAGAAUUCUCAAUAAAACUUUAUUACUUUUA